UCGGAAAAUCGAUUUCUUAACAUGUCAGAAAAUCGAUUUUCCGAUUCAACGGAAAAUCAAUAUCUCAACAUGACAGAAAGUCAAUGUCUAGACAUGACAGAAAAUCAAUGUCUAGACAUGACAGAAAGUCAAUAUCUCAACAUGACAGAAAGUCAAUAUCUCAACUUGACAGAAAGUCAAUAUCCCAACAUGACAGAAAGUCAAUAUCCCAACAUGACAGAAAGUCAAUAUUUUAAUACACAUAAUGAAUAUUUCAUUGAUUAUUCCGUAAACUACGUUACUCGUGCUUCGAUUCAUGAAGUUUACCGUCAGGAAGAUUCCGCAAGCGUUUUUAUGGGCGCUUUCGAAAACCAAUUUGACUCAUGA